AUGCUUAGCAACGCAAAUGAUCUUGCCUACUUAUCAUCAGAAUUCAACAGUGCUACAUCAGUACUGAACAGUCCAGCUAAAUGUGGUAUGUUUAUUGAUUACCUGUUCUCUCACAAACGGGAUCCUACAUGGACGCUACAUCAUCAGAAAGCUGUUUGUAUGAUAUUCGCCUUACCAGAGAUGUCUAUAGAAGAAAACAAACGAUAA